AUGGAGCAUGGCGCGUGCAAUGUCAUCUACGUCGACCGUCGCGCCAACGACGAGCACGUCCGGCGGGAGACGCUGUCCAGCUCGCUCAUCGCACGCACCAGCACCGGCAACGUGGGCCAGAGCUACUUUGCGCUGGGCAAGUCGCCGCCCGUCGAGGUCCACGCCAACGUGGAGGCCAUUCUCUCCGUCUUCAAUGAAGUCCACAUUUGCGGUUCCGGCCGAUCGUGCCUGGCCAAGGUCGCCCAACUCGCCCAUGGCUCCAACAUCCCGACCUUCGUUAUCCUUGAUGUGCCCUACGACGAAGAGCUGCGUCUGAAACGCCUCUCGCGCGAACCACGCACGCCGUCCCCUACCUCCACGCGCGUGAUGCGAGCAGACACCAGCGAGCCGGAUGACACGUACGGUUCGCAUCUGCUCACACACGUGUCUUCCGAGAUAUCCUCUCGGAACUUUUCCAAGCUGGUGGUUCCUGUUGUCAUGUUGACUGGCCUGUCGAGUGAAUCCGCCUCUGCCGCCGCCCCUCCAUCAAGCCUCAAUAAAACCCACGUCCUUACCGAUUCCGUCCGUUUGUCCAAGUAUUUCGAUUCCGGCGCAGUGGACGUGCUUUCGAGCCCACUGUCAAUAGAUCGCAUGCAGGGGCUGGCUGUCCAUGCCUACCGGUUACAAAAAGAGGCGGCACGCGAAGAAGCCAGCUUUCUGACGACUAAGAGGAACAGAAAGCUCUCAUGGGUCGGCGUGGACGACGCCAAGCCAUAUGCAUACUUGCGCGAGGCUAUGGUCUCCAAUCUCAUGACUGGUAUCUGCAAUCCAGAGACAGUGGGUGAUUCGAUGGAAGCCUCGGAUUUUGAACUUGAGCCAGAAAGACGGAAAAUUGUCGAGGACAAAGUCUCCACCUGGGCAUUUUCAGCGCACGAUUUCACUGAUGAUGAACUCAUAUACGCCGCGCUAGUCAUGCUGCAACAUGCGCUUUCGUCACCAGAGCUUGCUCAGUGGCAAAUGACUGAGGAUGAACUCAUCCUGUUUCUUUUGGCCAGCCGUACAGCGUACAACGAAUUCGUCAAGUAUCAUAAUUGGCGUCACGUUGUUGAUGUUCUUCAAGCGCUAUUCCACUUCAUGGUGCGAAUAGGCACCUUGCCUGCAUACCCUCCGACCGACAAAGACCCGGCCAACGAGAAAUCGCCCAUUGCACAUCUCCUGAAGCCUUUCGAUGCGCUCACUCUGUUGAUUUCUGCGAUUGGCCAUGAUGUCGGUCACCCCGGAGUCAACAACGCGUUCUUGGUCGCGCUUAAUGCACCCCUGGCACAACUCUACAACGACCGAUCCGUACUCGAAUCCUUCCACUGCGCUGCAUAUUCCCAGAUUCUCCGGCGCUAUUGGCCGAAAGUCUUCUCUGACAUUGCUAUGCGCAAACUCAUGAUCAACAACAUUCUUGCUACGGACAUGGGUCUGCACUUCAAAUACAUGAGUGAUCUAGGUGGUUUGCAGGAGAAGAUAGCACACGACAAAGGAGUGACUGAUAGCUGGAGUGUCAAGGUUCGCGAGGAACACAAAGACUUGACUUGUGGGCUUCUUAUCAAGUGCGCCGAUAUUUGCAACGUUGCGCGCAAGUUCGAGACAGCUAUCAAAUGGGCCAAUAUUCUCACCGACGAGUUCAGCAACCAAGGAUUCAUGGAAGAAGAGCUGCAGAUGCCAUCCUGUCUAUUUGGAGGACCACCUGUGCAGGAUGAUCUGAUCAAGCUUGGCGAGUCACAGAUUGGCUUCAUCAAUAUUUUCGUAAGGCCUCUCUUCGAAGCUGUGACCGACAUCCUUCCCGCAAUGCGUUUCGCUGUCGACGAGAUAUUGACCAACAAAUCGACGUGGGAAACUAAGAUUGAGCAAGAGAAGCAGAGGAGGAAGACAAAGGGCCCUCUGCACUUUAGCCUGAUGCAAGCAUCAUAUGCAUCAGACCCCACUCCAAGUCCAUUCUCUGACGGCCCUGGCCCUGGACACCACAACGCUCUCACUUCAGCACCGCCGCAAACUCAAGAAGAGGUUCAUCGCCGUGGCUCAAGUGGAUCGGUUCAUGGUGGCACUCAAUAUUCUCACAGGUCUUCUGCUGCGCUAGCCCUUGCGUCGCGUGAAAACCAGAGCUCUUCCCGGCGAGGUAGCGGCGAUGCCAAUCUUACAGCGAUACUCGUUACACAUACUCCCAAUGCGGGUGAUGGAACGCCCAGGGGCUCGGAUACUGGCAUGGACGAUCGUACCAAAUCAGAUCGCAAGGACACGUUGACACAAUCAUCCUCCAAGAAAAAGGAUCGAGACAAUGGCAGGCCAGUGACGGCUCCAGCUCCAGCCAGGCGCAGUCAAGUGAUCGAACUCUUUCCCGAACAACAGUCGUCGCCCCAGAGCCACUCAGAGAUAGAUCUCUCGCAGGGCGCUAACGGCAAUCUUGAAGACUCCAAACUGCAGCAAUGGGACAGCAACAAAAUGAGUGGUGAGAGUGGCGCGACACGAUCCGAUCUAUCACGCGAUUCCAGCUGGUGGCGACAAAUGAGCUCGAAACGACGCGGCCCACGAGACGCCAGGAACGGUGAUCAUGACACGCCAUAUGCCCCUAGAGAGUCGAUGUUGAGCCCUCCUACGUCGCAUCCCGAACCGCAUGCGCACACGUCGACCGGAUUGAGCCCUGGCAGGAAGAACACAUCUGGACGCUUCAAGAACUUCUUCAAAAGGAAGCCCAGAGGGCAUGAGGAACAAGGAAAACAGCUUUCGAGCUUCGGCAGCUCCUCACAACUUCGAACAACACCGCCUACUAGCGACCAAGGCCGAUCUCUCAAUAGUGACGACUGA